AUGUGGUCCUUGGGCCUUGUUAUGCAUAUCAUGAUAAAUCCAGAUCUUGGUAGUCCUUAUCGAGCUGAAUUAGAGCAAUCUAGUGCGCCCGAUAUCCAUAUGGCAUUGAAAGAUCUUCUGACGAAACAUCGACUACCUCAACAUGGUGCAAAAUAUGAGCAGCUGCGAAUAACCUCGUGGUGGCAACUUGAAGAUAUAUUCAAUCGGUGCGCUAAUUUUGAUGCGAUGGCUAGACCUUCCACAGCAGAGAUGCUUUGCUUGAUUAACAAGAGCUUGGUUAACUAUUUAACUCCUCCACCAAACGAUCUAGUUCUGACAACUAGGUUGCACAGGAAAUACCCUAAGGAUGGGCAGCUACAAAUAUCACCAACUAUCUCAUCAGUCUAUCUCCAUGUCAGCUCGUACUGUGCACGAGCAGCCCUCCCAGACUUUACACCGGCAUUGUGCUACUUACCCAACGAUUUGGCUCCAUUUCUUCAUAAGGAACACUACGAUUUAAUGUAUGCAAAAUUAGGACUACGUUUUGCACAGAACUUGUAG